CAGAUUUGCGCUUCGAGACAGCGGAGAAACUUCCUUCUGUCCCCCCUCCCCAAUUUCUCUCUCUCUCUCUCUCUCUCUCUCUCUUUUGCAAGCGGGCGGGCUGCCCUCUCCUCGUUUUUUCCCCCUGCCGCCUCCUCCUCCUCCUCCUCUUCUCCCCCCGCCCGAACCCCACCCCCAGGGUUAUUUUUUCCCCCCUCUCCCAUAGCUUUGGCGUGCUCGGUGGGUCGAGAAGCAAAGGAAGAGGCUUCCUGCAACAAUUCGGGGGUUUUGUUUGUUUGUUUUGCUUUUAAUUGUUUUUAAAGCCAGAACUGUUGCAAAAGGCGGCAGAAGGAGACGGAGAGAGAGAGAGACGGGGGGGGGGGUUUUCUCCUCUUUCUCCCACUCCCACUCACCCACCCACCCCCCACUCCCACGCCCACCCGCAAUGCUCGGGAGGUCCGGGCUGGCCCGGCCAAGCGAGCGAGCUUUUUCAGGCUGCUGCCUCUUCCUUCCCGGCUCGGCUGCUGGUUUGUCGGCUUCACUUCGGAUCGCUCCGCUCCGACCGUCUUAAUUCGGAUCCUCGGCUCUUGGUGGCCCUCCCUCUUUUGAGGGGAGCCCGCGGGACCCCUCCCCUUUCGACCCCCCCCUCCUCCUCCUCUUCUUCUUUUCCCUGCCUCUUUUUCAAGCUCUGUCCUCAAGCGAAGAUGCCCGGCUUCGACUUAGCGCCGAGGGCAGCUCUUUGCCGCUGACCACCCGCUUCCCUCCCCGCCAUCCAUCCAACCUCGCUGGCUUUGCCCACCCACCCCCCACACAUUAUCAGAUAAAAGAGGAGGGGGCCGGAGAAAGCUUCGGGGGGGCGCCCGAGGCUGGCGACUUUGGCAAACUUGCGCCUCUUCUGCGGGCUGGCAGGAGCAUGGCCGCGCAGCUGACUCCCGAGGAGGAGCAGGCCACCAAGCAGUUCCUGGAAGAGAUCAACAAAUGGACCAUUCAGUACAAUGUCUCCCCUCUUUCCUGGAACAUGGCCGUCAAAUUCCUCAUGGCCAGAAAAUUCGACGUCCUCCGAGCGAUUGAACUCUUCCACUCCUACAGGGAAACGAGGUUCAAGGAAGGAAUUGUGAAGCUCAAACCUCACGAGGAGCCUUUGAGGUCAGAACUCCUGAGUGGAAAAUUCACCAUCCUGAGUGUGAGGGAUCCGUCCGGAGCCUCCAUUGCUCUCUUCACCGCUAAGUUGCACCAUCCCAAUAAAAGUGUCCAACACGUGGUCCUUCAGGCCCUUUUUUACCUGCUUGACAGGGCGGUGGAAAGCUUUGAAACUCAGCGGAAUGGCCUGGUGUUUAUCUACGACAUGGCGGACUCUCACUAUUCCAACUUCGAGCUGGAUCUCAGCAAGAAGAUCUUAAACUUGUUGAAGGGAGCCUUUCCAGCGCGCCUGAAAAAGGUCUUCAUUGUAGGAGCCCCGAUGUGGUUUCGAGUUCCUUAUUCCAUCAUCAGCUUGUUGCUUAAAGAGAAAUUACGAGAAAGGGUCCAGAUGGUGAAAAUGUCGGAGCUCAGGCAGCACCUGCCCCACGAGUGCCUCCCCGAGUACUUGGGAGGGUCUCUCAAGCUGGACCCCCUCAGCUGGAACUGCAGAUUCCUCCCGCAGCAAAACGGGCACCCGGAUCCCCUGGAUGAGCUGAUCCUGGUCCCUCUGGCUCCCCCUCGGGACAACGGUUCCGUCCAUGUCCCGGGGCCCAAGUCCAUGACCCUGCCGGAACUCCUGGAGCACGUCAACCAGAAGCAGAAGCGAGGAAUUUAUGAGGAAUAUGAAGGCAUUCGGCACCGGAGCCCUACGGGCACUUUUGGCUGUUCUCUGGCUCCUUUGAACCAGGAGAAAAACCGAUAUGGGGACGUUCCCUGCCUUGAUCAAACCAGGGUGAAGUUGUCCAAACAGUUCAACUAUCAGGAGAUGACCGACUACAUCAAUGCGAGUUUCAUGGACGGGUACAAGCAAAGAAAUGCUUAUAUCGGCACUCAAGGGCCAUUAGAAAACACGUACAAUGACUUCUGGCGGAUGGUGUGGGAACAGAAUGUGCUGGUAAUCGUGAUGACCACAAGGAUUGAAGAAGGAGGCAAAAGGAAAUGUGGUCAAUAUUGGCCACUGGAGAAGGACUUCCAGAUCGGCUAUGGAACCUUAACGGUUACCAACCUUGGAACAGAGAACCUCAGCCAUUACAAGAAGACCCUUCUAGAGAUGUUCAGCUGUGAGAACCGCGAGAGACGCCGUGUGACCCAUUUCCAGUACGUGAGCUGGCCCGACUACGGAGUCCCUUCCUCGGCAGCGACACUCAUUGACUUCCUGGGAGCCGUCAAGCAGCAGCAGAGGGUGGCCGUCAGUGCCUUGGGACCACGCUACAAAGGUCACCCGGGCGGGCCACCCAUCGUGGUACACUGCAGUGCCGGCAUCGGGAGGACAGGUACUUUCUGCGCACUGGAUAUUUGUCUGUCGCAACUGCAAGAGGUGGGGACCCUCAACAUUUACCAGACGGUGGUGAGGAUGAGGACCCAGCGUGCCUUCAGCAUCCAGACCCCUGAGCAGUAUUACUUCUGCUACCUGGCCAUCCUUGAGCACGCCUACAGAGAAAAUCUCCUCCCCAUCUCCCAUCCCAGGAUGGGUCCAGAGAAGAGCUAAUCCGAAGGUCUAGAUUAGAAGGUCUGGAAGCUCACCACGUCCUCAGGUCCAGGUCUGGAAGCUCACCCAGGCCUCAGCCCCAGGAGGAUCUACUAUGCUGUCAGACUCCUUCCUUCCUUCCUUCCUUCCUCUUUCUCUUCUUCUUUCCUUUUUCUCAUCUUUCCUUCCUCUCUCAUCAUUCCUUCCCCCUUUCUAAUCCUUCCUUCAUCUUCCUUCCUUUCUCAUCUUCCUUCCUUUUUCUCAUCUUUUCCUUCCUUUUUCUCAUCUUUCCUUCCUUUUCCAUCUUCCUUCCUUCCUUUUUUCCUCCUCCUUUCUCAUCUUCCUUCCUUCCUU